AUGGCUACCCGGAGUACUCCAUCUUAUUACAUCGGUCUUGCAGUCAUCUUCGCAUAUGGCGUUCGUGCCUACACCCCUGGCCCUACGGCCUGUGCCAACUUGACUUCAAUCCUAGGGACUUCCAUAGUGAACAGUAACACCCUAAGCCCGGCCUAUAUUGAGAGCCGGACAGACUAUUGGAAUACUCUCCAAGAUGUAUACGAACCAUCUUGCAUCAUAUAUCCAUCCUCAGCACAGGAUGUCUCCGUUACCCUUCAAGCGGUUCGAGCAGCUGGGAGUCGAUUCGCGGUCAAAGCUGGUGGCCACAACCCUAAUACGUUCUUCUCCUCGGUUGAUGCGGGUGUCCUUAUUGAUUUGGGAAGCAUGACAGGAAUGUCAUAUGACCCUGAUACUACACUAGCAACGUAUGAACCUGGCAGUUUGUUUGGAGAUCUCUAUGACUACUACGUGCAAUACAACCGCACCGUUGUUGGUGCGAGGUUGGCAGGAGUCGGUACUGGUCUGGCUCUUGGUGGCGGUCUAAGCUAUCUUUCCCCUCAGUAUGGUAUGGCCUGCGACUCGUUCCGGGAACUGGAGAUAGUCUUACCCAGCGGUGAUAUUGUCACUGCAUCUAAUACCUCUGAGUAUUCCGACCUUUUUUUCGCUUCACGCGGUGGUGGUGGGAACGCAUAUGGUGUGGUUACCAAGUAUACUGUGCAGUCACGUCCGAUAGGAGAACUCUACGCUGGGAACAUCAUCUAUCUGUUUGAGCAGGUUGAUGCAGUUGCAAGCGCGAUCGAAAACUUUAUCCAGUACAACGAAGAUCCCAAAGCAAGCAUUAUCGGCACCUAUGAGAUUCUUGGAACACCCGAUCUAGAACUAGACUUGGAUCAAGCAGUCAUCAUGUUUCUUGUCUAUGAUGGCACGGAUCCAGGUGAUGCAUUUUCUAAUUUCACAAGCAUCCCCUAUCUCCUCAACCUCAUGGGUAAUAAGACCUACCCAGAGGUAGCAAAUAUGCCUAUCCCACUGUCAACCGAACUUUCGCGCGGUGAAAAUAUCUUCCGUGUUGGUGUACAUAGGAUUGGAGAUGGAGGAUAUGCGGCCGCUUUAGAUGCAUGGCGCACUUGGGCAGAGGAUAACAAAGGCAGCUACGUUCUGACCUCGUUAGACUUUCAGCCUAUCCCUUUGAGUCUGACGGAGGCUAGCAAAUCUCAAGGCGGAAACGCGAUGCAAAUGCCCGACGGACCCUGGUUCUGGGUCAAUUAUCUAAUCUCGUCAAGCCCUCUUCUAACAAGCUCAGAGUAUGACGCUGUCCAAGCCAGUUUUCGUGAUAUGGUAGCAAAUGUAAGCAAUGCGGAAGGGCUACCACUGUUCAUCAACGAUGCGAAUAAGGAUCAGAAUCCUCUCACGACAUUCUCGACGUACUCAACGUUGCAGCAGAUCAAGCAAAAAUACGAUCCGGAUGAUUUCUUCUCCAACUACACUGGAGGAUGGUCAUUUGAUUAA